AUGUCUUCUACUACUACAAGUGGUAAAGAAUCUUUCGAAGAUUUCUAUACAGAGGUAAAAGAAAUCGAGAAAAGAGAUUCAGUAUUGACUCCUAAACAACAAAUAGACAGAUUACUUCGACCAGGGUCUACGUAUUUCAAUUUAAAUCCAUUUGAAGUGUUACAAGUUGACCCUGAAACUGGCUUAGAUGAAAUUAAAAAGAAAUACAGACGGCUUUCAAUACUGGUUCAUCCUGAUAAAAACAUUGAUGAUUCAGAACGAGCCCAGCAAGCAUUUGAAAUAAUAAACCGAGCAUGGAAAACACUUGAAAAUGAAGAAACUAGGAAAAAAUGUCUUAAUAUAUAUGAAGAGGCAAAAGAGCGUACUGACCACAUGAUAGAUCAAAAACGAAAGAAACAAAAGAAAGAUGGACGUGUAGAAGAAGGUAUUCCUGAAGAUGACCCUGACAAGUAUAAACAUGCCAUUUAUGUUAUGACAAUGAAGUUGUUUGCUGACAUGGAGCGGAAAAGACAACACCUAGAGACUAGAGAUAUGGAAGAGAGGAAACGGAAACGUGAAGCUGAAAUUGAACAAGAAGAGCAAAUGUCAUUUGAGAAAGAAUGGGCUAAAAAUUUUGAAGAAUCACGGCAAAAUCGUGUAGAUAGCUGGAAAAAUUUCCAAUCUGGCAGUAAAACAGGAAAAGAAAAGAAAAAGAAAAAAAUUAUGGGCUUCAAACCUCCGAAACCGAAGCCUGAGAGUAGA